AUGAUUCUCUCCGUUCAUCUGCUGCUGUUUUUCUGCUGUGGUCUGAGUUUAGCCCAGCUUCAGAAUGAUUCACAAACAGAGUCCUACAUUAGUCAGACAGAGUUUGCUGCAAUGAAAGAAAGACUGGAAGUUGUGGAAAAUCUGCUGAAAGACAGUAAAACCCGGCAGGUCAACUAUGAAAACCAGAUUGCUGAGCUGAGGAGGCAAAGUACAGUAAAUGUGAUGUUCACUGCGGCAACUGGAGGAAAUGGACCUAUUGGACCCUACAACACAGCUACAACUUUAAUCUACAGAACAGUGAUCACCAACAUUGGAUCUGGUUACAGUCCAUAUACAGGUAUCUUCACUGCACCAGUUCCAGGUUUUUACUACUUUACCUUCUUCUAUCAUGCUGGAGGAGAACAUGUGGUCGCAUUAGGUCUCUUCAAGAACGACCAGCUGAUUGUCAUGAUCACUGACCAUGCGUCAAACUACGACACAGCAGAUAAUGGAGGAAACGCAGCGUUUGUGCAGCUGCAGAAAGGAGACCAAGUGUAUGUGCGCAUGCUGGCAAACUCACAUGUUUGGGGAUCUAUUCACCAAACAACUUUUAGUGGUUUCUUGGUCACUCCAAUGUAAAAUAUCUUGAACUUUGAAAUGAUUUUUUUUCCAUUCUGGUAGAUAGAAUUGAUAUCCAGUUACAUGACAUAUUAUCACCCUUCCAACUUGUAGAUGUCUCUUUAAACCUCACUGAUAUGAAUCUAAUUUGAUAUAAAGUUACUGUUGUCAAUGCUGGAUUCUCUCUGAAAUAAAUCAUCUGACAAUCCCUGUUGUUGAAGAAAAGAAAAAGAUUUCUGUU